AAACCUUAUAUAUUUCUAUGUUUAACUACUUAAGACUAAAUUUAAAAAUGCUAGCAAUGGGGCAUGGGAAUUGAAAGCAUAUGAUUUUAAUUUACAUUUCAGCAAAAAAGAAGAAGAAGAAAUGCAUAAAUGGAGAUGGGGUGAGUUUUGACAUGGUAGGUUAAUGUCUCUCAGUUUCUUGAAUACCAUUUAACAUAUUGUUUCCCAAAACUGUAUAAAAUGAUUACAAAAAAAAAAAAAGAAGGUAGAUGUCAUGGACAGCUCAUAAAUAGUAAAAUAUAAAUCAUGAAUGUAUACUACCACUAGUAGGAGGUAGGAGCAUUCUUUUAUCACACAAGGUACAAGAAUAAGCAGACAUGCAUUGACUUGUCAGAGUAAAUAAAUAUAUGUCAUUAUGUUGUUGAUCCCAUUAUACACCAUGGUACUACUUAGUAGUAUAUAAAUAAAAAUGGCAAUAAUAAUACAGAUAGAUGAAAUCACUAAUCAAGUUUAGUUAAAUAAUAAUAAUAAUAAUAAUAUUUGCCCAUGAACGAAAGGGGGUAGUUUGGGUAAUUAAUAAAGGGGAAGGAGGAUUAGGAAUGGUAAGUUUGUUGAAGUCGGAAUCAGAUGAAAUGAAAAGAAAAGGGGCAUUCACAGGCGAAUCACGCCCCGGGCCCUGUGAGCAGGAGUAGGAGUAGAGCGUUGCUCUGAACUUUCUCUCUCUCUCUCUCUCUCUCUCUCUCUCUCUGAAUCUGCCGUCACGAAGAAGCUUCUUUACAUGCAUUGUUUCUGAAUUUCCCCGAUUCUCUCUGCGAUGGCCUCCACUGGCGAAGAAGGGAGGAAGCAGCAAUUCGCAAGUGCUGCAGAUGGGAACGCACCUCUCAAGUAUCCAAGCUUCAAGUCUCCUCCUAAGCCUAGCCUCACCGAUACCGUCAUAGAUGUGUCUCCUGAGGAGGAGGAAGAAACUGCUUUCCCUUUGGGAGAAGAAGACCGUCCACUAGUCCAAGACGUGUGUACUAUCUCCGUCUUACCUGACGAAGGCAAUACUGUCCCGCCGCAAUGUACCUCCUCUCAGUUUACUCUCUUGAGCUUCGUCAAGGCUCUGCUUCCUUCUAAAAACCAGAUGUUCAUCGACGCGCAACUCAACUGUCAGAAGACUCAGAACCGGAUCAAUGUUCUUCUGGGAGGCACUGAUUCCUACCAGUCUUGCGUCGUGGACAUUAACGUCGAGAAAGGGAACGGUGGCGAGGCCCAUGACGGAGGAGUCGUUGGAAAUGUCAAGUCCGAGAGUGUACAUAUGCAGAAGGUAUUGCAGAGACAAGCAAGCAUGACCACUGAUAAAGCUAUCUCCGAGAGAUGCCAUGAUGCACCAGCCAACAGGUGGAGAAGAUACAAGCGUGCCGCUUCAUUUGAUUCUAGGAAAAUCGUCAUCCUGUUUUCCAUCUUAUCAAGUGUGGGAACGCUGAUAUUGAUCUACCUGACACUGAGAGUGAGGCAAAGCGGAGACAACAGCUUCAAUCAUAUGUAGUCAAAACUGUGAACAGCUCUUUUGUCCUCCUUUCUUCUUCUUCUUCUUAGCUGUCUCUGUUUUGAAUCUCUUGUAAGAAAAACUGGUCUUCUGUUGCAAGUUUCCAUAAUGUUGAUAAGGACUUACUCUGUGAA